UCGCAAGGCGUUGUGAGCUUUUUUGUUUCCGUCUUUGGUCCUGGUUUUCUCUUGUCAUCUUCUUCUUCUCUCCUCUUCAUAAAUUCGUCGUGAUUCCAUGACCUUCAACGAGACCAAACCAUUAUCAGUAUCCGUAAAAUGUAGUUUAUCUCAUGAACAAGUACGUUUAUUUAUUAACCCAUGAAAUUGAAAACCAUUACUUAGCCACCUUCCAAAUUGCUGCAUUUGUUUAAAACUCCAAUCAUUUUAUAUCUUUCCGGAUCUGCAUUCCUGUGAAGGGAGGUCACAGAUUUAAAAAAAAAAAAACUGAAUACCUUUAUUCAUAAUUUUUAUUCUUUGCAAUUCCGAUUGAUUGUUUUUGUAUAUACAAGUUUUGAGGCGAGCAGUAUUGAGGAGUGAGUGGUUUGUACUAAUAAGAAGAAUAUGCAUUGGUUGAAGCAAAAAGGGAACGGGAAUGGGAGCAUGAGGUCGUCAGGGAGGAGGCUGUCCCUUGGGGAGUACAAGAGGGCGGUGUCAUGGUCGAAGUACUUGGUGUCUCCCGGUGCGGCGAUCAAGGGAGAAGGCGAAGAGGAAUGGAGUGCUGACAUGUCUCAGCUUCUCAUUGGUUCCAAGUUCGCCACGGGAAGGCACAGCAGGAUCUACAGAGGUGUAUACAAGCAGAAGGAUGUGGCCAUCAAGCUUGUAAGCCUGCCUGAGGAGGAUGAGGAUCUUGCUUCUUUUCUUGAGAAACAAUUCACUUCUGAGGUCUCCUUGCUCCUCCGCUUGCGCCAUCCCAAUAUCCUCACUUUUAUUGCAGCCUGCAAGAAACCUCCUGUCUUUUGUAUAAUUACCGAAUACUUAGCCGGCGGAUCAUUGAGAAAAUAUCUGCAUCAGCAACAAUCAAAUUCAGUUCCACUCGAAAUUGUUCUGAAAUUAGCCCUUGACAUUGCACGGGGGAUGCAAUAUCUUCACUCUCAGGGGAUACUUCAUAGGGAUCUCAAAUCAGAAAAUCUGCUUCUGGGGGAAGAUAUGUGUGUAAAAGUAGCAGAUUUUGGUAUCUCUUGCUUGGAAUCUCAGUGUGGUAGCGCGAAAGGAUUCACCGGAACUUACCGGUGGAUGGCUCCGGAAAUGAUCAAAGAAAAGCAUCACACUAAGAAAGUUGAUGUCUAUAGUUUUGGCAUAGUUCUAUGGGAGAUUUUAACAGGACAGACACCAUUUGAAAACAUGACACCAGAGCAAGCUGCAUUUGCAGUUUCCCACAAGAAUGCAAGGCCACCAUUGCCAUCUGAAUGUCCAUGGGCACUAAGUGACCUAAUAAACAGAUGCUGGUCAAGCAAUGCAGAUAAGAGGCCACAUUUUGAUGAGAUAGUUCCCAUUUUGGAGAACUACACAGAAUCAUUGGAGCAGGAUCCCGAGUUCUUCAAAAUAUACAAACCUCGCCCUUCUAAUAACACAACAAUUCUUGGAUGCAUACCUAAGUGCAAUACUCGCCAUAAAUCUACUGCUUGCAAAGUUUAAUUAGCUAGUCAAUCCAAUAUUUUUCUUCUUUUUUUUUUUUGGGUUUAUAUGAUGACAAAUUGACAUGAAGAGCUGUGUUGCACGUUCAAUUGAUGAAUUAAUUAAUAAAUGUGAUCCUCUUCAGAGUUAAUGUUUUAUACUGUAAUG